AUGUGCCUCAGCGCAAUUCGUUGGUACAGUCCUGUUGUUCCCCUGGUGGCGUGGCUCCGCGUGGACACGCAAACCAUCCUGACCAUAGCAGGCCACGUGAUCACCAAGAACCACCGCAUCGCCGUCAGCCACGGCGACGGCGCGUGGACGCUGGCCCUGAAGGACGUGGGCCCGGCGGACGGCGGCCGCUACAUGUGCCAGGUCAACACCGAGCCGAUGAUGAGCCAGACGCACCAGCUGCAGGUCGUCGUUCCACCAGACAUAGACGACGACGCCAGCAGCAGUGAAAUCCUUAUCAAAGAGGGAGAGAACGCCGCGUUGCGAUGCGUUGCGUCCGGCACUCCGCCGCCCACCGUCGCGUGGAGGAGAGAGGACUCCAGGCACUUCAAGAUCGACAACCAGACGUUGGUAUCAAAAUGGACUGGCGACUGGUUGAACCUGACCGGGGUGGAGCGAGCGGCGUCGGGCGCUUAUCUAUGUAUAGCUACGAACGGCGUCCCUCCCUCAGUGAGCAAGAGGAUCCAGAUCAAUAUUAUGUUCGAGCCAUCAGUCUGGGCGGGUCGAGUGGCCAUCAGGGCCCCGGCAGGCGGCGCUGUGACCCUCCAGUGUACGGUGGAGGCCUACCCCGUCCCGCAAGUGUACUGGACUUUGAAUGGAGAGCAAAGGCUGGUUAAUGGUACAAAACACAAACUCAGCAUGUCGAGUCGAGGGUACCGGCACACUGUGAACAUGCUGGUGUCAGACAUGAGCCGCGAAGACGCUGGAGCCUACCGCUGCCACGCCGAGAACACUUUAGGGCGCGCGCACGCAGAGCUGUUCUUACACAUGCUAACGACAACGACCACUACGACUACAACGACGACUACAACAACCACCACUACGACGACUACCACGCCGCCACCGACCACCACACUGUCGCCAUUUGACAGCGACAGUCACUUGGAGCAGCUCCACCGAGGAGUGCUCCAAGAUCCGGACCUGGAUAACCCGUACAUCGUGCUAAGCCAGCACCAAAUGCAGAAUCUUGAAAUGGUGACAACAAUGUGACCCGACGCCGGGCGCGGCCACUGGUCGGAAGGC